AUGAAGUCCACAUUCUCGUCCAUUGCAUUGGUCAGCAUCGCCUGCCUCCAGUACCUCGCCGGCACCUCCACCGCUCAAGUCACCUCGACCACCGCCUCAGGAGCCCCCGUCAACCCCACCAGCACCGCACCUGCAGCCGUGCCCACCCCUACAGUGCCCGUGUGGGUAAACACCCCUGGGUUGGUGGUCAGCUCUGUCUUUGACGGCUUGACUGUCGUCCAGAACUCGUUCGUCUCCAUCUCGGCCACUCUUACUGACGGACAACCCAUGAGCUCGAUCGUGAUCACGGCUGCCAAGAAGGACGGGUCAGGAAACACGACCAUUGCUGACAUCAAACAGCCCAACCUCGUGACCCCCAGACAGCUCUGGAAUGUCAGCGCUGACAUCUACCCCGCUGGUUCCUACGUCCUGAGCAUGAUUGUGAUACCCGGAACACCCAACACAACUGCCAUAACCGGCACCUCAGCUGUCCCUCAGCCUUCGACCGGGGUCACUGCCCCCACCACUGGAGCUGCCAGCAUCUACUACUGGAAGGCGAGUAUCAAUGUCCGUGCACCCCCAGCCCCAGCCGUUGGUGGAGCUGCAUCUGGACUCCGCAUUGGAUCGACUAUCGGAUAUGUUGCUGCAGCUGGCGUCGCCCUUCUUGGAUCUCUCCUCGUUCUCUAG